GUGCCUUUCGCCUUUCAAGCUUGAUGCUCAUUUUUACAGUAAACGUGAACGCUCGUACGGGUGCAAUUAGCCUAGUCUGCUUUGGGACGUGCUCGACAGGCCGGAGUACAAGUACUCCCCUCCCUUCCUUCGUCUGCAAUUUUUCUUCUUCUUGAAUUCAACCUUGGUUCCUCAACUUUCUCAACUUCGACCACAAUCCUCCUUCUUCGCCCAUCAACAACAUACCAUUGGCGUCGACGUCUACAUAGUCGAGUCAAUCAACAGAUCCCUCCCUUUCCCGCCAUAACCCAACACACUCCUGAUAUCCGCGCAAGAGCACAUUCACAAUGGCAGGCGGCGGAUUGAUGGCGACGGCCGAUGUGUCGCGCAUUGAAGCUCCGGUGACCAUGAAGGCCUACAUGAUGUGCGCCUUUGCGGCAUUCGGCGGUAUCUUCUUCGGUUUCGAUUCCGGUUAUAUUUCUGGUGUCAUGGGCAUGAACUACUUCAUCCACUUGUACACCGGAAUCCCCAUCCCUCCCGCUGGUGCUUCCAAGGCCGUGAAGGACGCCUUCACCCUCCCCGCCUGGAAGAAGUCCCUGAUCACCUCGAUUCUCUCGGCUGGUACGUUCUUUGGCGCCUUGAUCGCUGGUGACCUCGCAGACUGGUUUGGUCGUCGAACAACCAUCAUCGCAGGUUGCUUCAUCUUCCUCAUCGGUGUGAUCCUUCAAACCGCUUCCUCUGGUCUGGGUCUUCUCGUGGCUGGUCGUCUCAUUGCUGGUUUUGGUGUCGGAUUCGUGUCUGCCAUCAUUAUUUUGUAUAUGUCUGAGAUCGCACCCAGGAAGGUUCGCGGCGCAAUUGUAUCAGGCUACCAAUUCUGCAUCACCAUUGGUAUCUUGCUUGCGUCUUGUGUCGACUAUGGCACCCAAAACCGCACCGAUUCCGGCUCGUACCGAAUCCCAAUCGCCAUCCAGAUGCUUUGGGCUAUCAUUCUUGCCGUUGGUCUCUUCCUCCUCCCUGAAUCCCCACGUUACUUCGUCAAGAAGGGCAACUUGGACCAGGCCGCCAACGUCUUGUCUCGUCUCCGUGGUCAAGAGCAAGGUUCAGAACUCAUCCAAGCUGAAUUGGCCGAAAUUGUCGCCAAUCACGAGUAUGAGAUGUCCGUUAUCCCACAAGGCGGUUACUUUAGUACCUGGUUGAGCUGUUUCACUGGUGGUCUCCGCUCUCCAUCUUCCAACUUGCGACGCACAAUUCUCGGCACAUCUCUCCAGAUGAUGCAACAAUGGACUGGUAUCAACUUCAUCUUCUACUUCGGCACCACCUUCUUCCAGGAGCUUGGUACGAUUAGCAACCCAUUCCUCAUCAGCUUGGUCACCACUCUCGUCAAUGUCUGCUCUACCCCUCUUUCUUUCUGGAUCAUUGAGCGUUAUGGCCGUCGUACAAUCCUGAUCUGGGGCGCCUUGGGCAUGUUGAUCUGUGAGUUCAUCGUCGGUAUCGUCGGUGUUACUGCGGCUCGACCCGAGAAGAACAACACCUCUGCCGUCUCUGCCCAAAUCGCAUUCAUUUGCAUUUACAUCUUCUUCUUCGCCACCACCUGGGGUCCUGGUGCCUGGGUCCUCAUCGGCGAAAUCUUCCCUCUCCCCAUCCGAUCCCGUGGUGUCGCUCUCUCCACCGCCUCCAACUGGCUCUGGAACUGCAUCAUCGCCGUCAUCACCCCCUACAUGGUUGGAACCGACCCCGGAGAUGCCAACCUGGGCUCUCGCGUCUUCUUCGUCUGGGGCUCGCUCUGUACCGCCUGCUUCGUCUACGCAUACCUCAUCAUCCCCGAGACCAAGGGCCUGUCACUCGAACAGGUUGACCGCAUGAUGGAAGAGACAAACCCUCGCAACUCCGCCAAAUGGGUUCCACACUCCACGUUCGCGGCGGACAUGGGUAUGACCGAUAAGGGAACCUUGGCCCCAGAGAUCAUCGAGAAGGUGGCUCAUGUCGAGCCUACCCAUAACGAGACCUCUGCCGUCUAAAUACAGAUCUUUCUUGUAUUUACACGUGUUGCGGUCGAGCUCUUACAUGUCUUUGUAACAGUUAGCGUUUUUCUUUUUGCGAAUACUACCUAAUAUUGAUGUGGAUGGUGGAUGGUGGGAACCCCUCUUUUUGAGAAAGAGCUGCGCUGAGGGGAUUGCGUUGCGGUGCCGACAUCAGCGAUGGAUGGGCUUUGCGGGAUGAUACCAUGGUCAUGACACAGCCAACGUGCUUUGCUUUGUGAAUGAGUAGGAGACUGAGAUAGCUGGUUUAAGGCAAUCCUUCUUCUACAUCUUUUUGUUCUUCGUGAUGUGAGACGUGACACUUGUCUUGUGUAUUUGAUCAUGAAAGGGUGAAAGAGAGUGAAAAAUUGAGCAGUCUCGAGUCU